GAAACAAGAAAGAUAAUGUUUGCAGCUUUUAAGUAUCACUCAACAGACUAUUUAUAUGAGAGCCUAGCAAGGCAGAAGUUUUCCAUUUGUAGAUUAUCACUUUGUUUUCCACGCUGUUUACAUCAAGAUGAAAAGUAUCACCUCACUGGACUUUUUGCUGAUGAUAAGUAUAGGAGGCCUUGGACAAGAAUUAUUUCAACACAGAACAUGACAGAUAUUUCUGUAUUGGAUCAAUGGAAGAAAAGCUUGUCUGUGGAGGAUUUCCUGGAAAAGAAACCUAUAUCUUGUAUAAAAUUCCAUAUUAAUAAUGAAUUAAUUGAAGUCAUUCCAAGUUCAAAUCCAUGUUCUCAGACUGACUUAGAAACGUCUUAUUUACUAGUGAAGAACAUUUAUAAGAAAGAAUUCACAGAGGACAAAUACUUGAAGACUGACUGUGCCAUCAAACUUAAAGAACAAUAUCAAGAUUUAUAUGUUGGAGAUGAACUUGUUUUUGUUGAUAAUCUUGAAAAUUACAGUAAAAAGCUCCCUACUUUAUAUGCCCUUCUGGACAGGCUACAUUUUUUUUUUGUGAAAGACCCCCUUCUAGAUUCUGAAGGACAGAAUUUAACAGAAGAGAAUAUUUUCAGGAAAUAUUUGACAUUCCAAAAUGAAAUGGAGAUACAGGAGAAUAAAAAAGAAUUGCAGGGAAUUAAAGAGAACUUCAGUCCAGUAUCUUUAAAAGAUGAAGAGUAUUUAAUGCUGCCUGUUGAAUUAGAAGUCUACAGGACAAGCAGAUCAGAAAUCAAGAAUCCAUCAUACUUGGAACUGAAACAGUUGUUAAAAUUAGCCCCAGAAACUAUGAGUGAUGAAGCCACAUGUGAAGAGUUGAUCAAAGAAACUCUCAAUGCAGAAAUUACAAACAAAUUAGAAAUUUCCAAUUACUGCCCCAAACCAGAAGAGAUUUGUUCCAGUAAUAGCAGAAGUAUUUUGGAUUUCUGUGAGUCAGCUAAAUAUGCUGCAUAUCUGAAAGAGGAAAUGGAAGUACUUUUAAGUCCUCCUUGCAGACAACAAAGAUCUCAGUUGAAUUUUCUGGGUAUAGGACUCCAAGAGGAACCUCUUUCUGAUAACAGUAUUUUUAUGGCAGAGCCCUCUAGAGAAUACUUAGAAAGUUUGAUAUGGCAAUCAGAGAAGUACCAGGAUGAUGUGAAAUCUCUUUUGCUUAAAGAGCGUCAGACUAGUAAACUUACUUGUCAGCAUCAUUCGCUUGCAGAACUGAAAGAACUACUGUCUGUUGACAUAGAAACACCAAUGUUUAGCUCACUGGAAGUGGACUGGUGGUUUCACUUAGGAUUAAGUCCAGUCUCCUUAGAGACUUUGGAGCAAUUAAGUCUGAAUUCGAGUAGUACAAACAGUUGUUCUCCUGCGGAAGCAGAAACAUUCUCACUGUUUACAGCAUAUCAGCUACACUGGUGGCUUGAAGAGCAGAAUUCCAUGGCAAACUGGGAAUUGCUUUCUGCUGGAAAACAUCAGUUGGACAAAAUAACCAAACUUUGCAUGUCACCUGAGACUAACAGGCAGCACUUUUCCCAGCAUGUGAGUGCUGCAUCUUCUGUCAAAAUGCACAGCUCAAGUACAUCUGUAGAAGAGCUUACUGGAGACAGUAUACAAAUUACUAAUGUAGAAGAACCUAUUUAUUUCUUAAACCAAGAAAAGAAAAUGCCCCGAUCUCCUGAAUCAGUUGGCUGUAAAGAUGCAUCUUUCAAACAAGAUAAUUCACCUAGGAGCCAGAAACCAUCAGCAGUUGCCCUAGCUACAACACGGGAUACUGAUGAUUCUGAUCUUCUGAGCAGCUUUAUCAUGCUGAGAUCUAAACAUAUGUUCACUCAAAUGGAGAAGAAAAAUGACAUAAAUAGUCCUGAAAAGGUACUGCAGCUUGAAGAAGAGCAUUUGCAUGCUCAGAAAGAGGACAGUUCUGUUUGCAAGACUGUAACAACAGAAAAAACAGAACAGGAAGAUGAAGACAGCAUCACAGUCAAUAUUCAAGCAUCAGAAAGCCAGUGCCAAGCAUACUGUCUCUUGGAAGCUGCUGCUGCACCCAUUCUGAAAGAUUUGACACAUCUAGGCAUACUUGCAGCUGUAAAUUGGAGCUUUAUCAAUAUUAAAUUUGACCACACAAGAUUUUUCUUAAAACAGCAGGAGAAAGUGAUAAGUGAUCACUUUAAAGAAGGUAAAAUAGAUGAGAAAGAGACCAUGCUGUUCAGACAUGCUGCUCUAGUACAUCUGUUGGUGACCGUUCGAGACCUUCUUUUAACAUGUGGCUUGGACACAGCAUUAGGAUAUUUGUCCAAGGCAAAGGAUAUCUAUAAAAACGUCUUAGAAUCCUGUUUGGAUAAAAUUUGGAGGCAGUUGAAGAUUGUACAGUACAGCAGCCAGAAAAAGCAUGAAACCAAUCCCAAAAUAACAGAGCUUCGGUGUCAAAUGCUAAAUUGCAUGCAAAGUGGUAGAGAAGAAUGCAGUGUUAAGAUACUAAUCAUAACAAGAAUGGAUUCGGAUAGAGAAAAAGCUGCCCUAAUUCACGAUUUGUCUACAGUGGAAGGUUUAAAAGCCAUAGAUUUGAAUACUGAGAAAAAAGGAGCCUUUUUAGGUUAUAAAGAUAUCAUGAAUAGCCUCAGUAGAUACUCCUGUCUGAUUGUACAUAAUCAGCAUAUAGGAGCAGAUUUCCCUUGGACACACUUCUCAUUAGUGAUGGAAUAUGAUUACUGUGAGAACUCUUGCUGGAAAAAUCUAUGCAAAAAUCUGAAUAUUACUUACAUGACUUUUAAAACCAUCCUCCCUGAAACAAUACUAAUGGGGGAUCACUGUGGUUCCUUUCUUCUGGAAGUGCAGAUUCCCUACAUAUUUCUGACAUCUGAAGGACUUGUUAACAUGCCAGGUAUCCUUCAGCUUUUGGAAUCAGAGUACAACAUUACCUUUAUUGAAAGAAGCUGUUGUCAUUCAUUACAGCUCUUUGGAAAUACAGAUCAAUAUGUUGUUUUAACAGUAGAUGAAUGUACUGCAGUCUUUUUGCAGAAUAUAGAUGAACUAAAUUAUGAGAAAUCCUGUGAUAAUGUAAUAUUGAAGCUGAUGGCAUUAUCACUCCAGUAUACCUGCUGUUGGAUUGUCUUCUAUUCCAGAGAAAGACUGAGUUCAGAGUACAGUCUCAGGGGAGCUACUGUGCUUCACCUUGUCUUAAUUUAUGCCACUUUGGUUCAAUUUGCACAGAGAUCAGAAGACUUUGAAGUAAAGGUGAUUCUUAUGCCAGGGAUUGAAGAAACAGCUCUGUUAAUUCGACAAAUUGCUGACAACAUUUUGAUAGCAUCUAAUAUCAAUCCUCAUGAAUGGUUGGACAAGUCCUGGCUUUCUGUCUUGCCGUCUGAGACAGAGAAAUGCCUGCUUACUUUUCCAUGUAUCAACCCUCUAGUUGCUCAAUUCAUGUUAAAGAAGGGAUCUUCACUGAAGAGGCUGCUUCUUGCAAGUUUUGAUCAACUUCAGGAACUCCUGCCACAAGUUCCCAAAAAAGUUUUAAAGCAUUUUAGUGACAUCACAUCUUUGUACAGCCUAAAUUCUGCUGCUCCACCAGAAGCAGAAGUAAAAUGUGCAUCACCAUCAAAAAAAUGGAAUAUCUUCAACACACCCUAUCCAAAUUAUAAGCAGAAUUAUCAGUCUUUAGAGCUGCCAGGACCAUCUGAUGUGAAUUCUGAAGCCAUGAUCCCACCACUGAAUGAUCAUCAGGAUUUUAUUAAUUCUGACCUUUCAAGUUAUAUGCGAAAGAAAUCAUGUUCUUCAGAUGUAACUGUGGGGAAGAAGCAGGACUUCUUUGUUGUGCCAAAGGAUUAUGAAAAUUUAGCUCAUCUAGAUGUUAAGAAUUCUGUUUAUGAUCAGCAACAGCCCUUCAUGAUGUAUCAUAACUUUGAUUAUUAUUCAAAAAAUUUGGAAGAAGAUUUCUUUACAUCUUUCAGUGAAUAUACAUCUGCAGAGAGUUCUAAGAGUUUUCUAGAAGAAUUUAGAGACAUGACAUCUAGGAACCCAGAAACUCUGAUUGACAAGACCUCUUUGAAUGAUUGUGCAUCCACUUGCACGUAUGAUUCAUCAGCCUCUGUUGAUCCAGAUGAGCUUCAAAGUCUGAACUUUCCCCAAAGAGCUAGAAAAUCUUUUAGAAAGAGAAAAAAAUGUGCAUCAUUAUUGUGGACAGAAAGAAAAAAUGUGACAGAUUUACGAUUUGCAGAAGUACCACAGGGCAAAAAGAGAAGAUUGACAUUUGAAAGAGUCCCUGGAAGAAGUGACGGACAAACACGUCUUAAGUUCUUUUGA